AUGGCCAACGCAGGCCUCGAAGACCUGAGCCUAGAGCUGCAGGAGCAGAAAUCCCAUGUCUCCAUCGCACAGACGUUCUCCCCUAUCCGGGAAGUUGUCUUCGUCUUCGUGAUAUGCAUGGCACAAUUCAUGACCCAGGCGGGCCUGGGCCAAUGCCUCGCGCCGCUGACUCUUAUCGGAGACAGCCUGGGCAUUGACAAUGACGGCGUCCUCAGCUGGUUUAUUGCGGGCUACUCCCUCACGGUCGGGACGUUUAUCCUCUUCUUCGGCCGAUGCGGCGAUGUGUUUGGUUAUCGGCCCAUGUUUAUUAUCGGCUUCGCCUGGUUCGCCCUGUGGUCUUUGGUCGCUGGGCUCAGCGUGUAUAGUAAUUACGUUCUCUUUAUUUUCGCCCGCACCCUGCAGGGACUGGGUCCGGCGAUGCUGCUGCCCAACGGACUCGCUAUCCUGGGGGCGACCUACCACCCCGGGAAGAAGAAGGACAUGAUAUUCGCCCUUUUUGGGGCGACGGCCCCGAACGGUGCAGUUAUCGGAGCGGUGUUCGCCUCUCUCCUGGCUCAGAUGGCCUGGUGGCCCUGGAUAUUCUGGAUAUGCGCCAUUGUAUGUGCAGGCCUUGCGUUCCUCGGCUGGCUGGUCGUCCCAUCCAUCCAGCACGAACGAGAGAAAGCGGACAUGAGCGUGCUGGAAUGGGCACAGGAGUUGGAUAUCAUGGGCGCCGCUCUCGGAGUCGGCGGCCUUGUCCUCUUCAAUAUCGCAUGGAACCAAGCCCCGGUCGCCGGCUGGGAGACGCCCUAUGUCUACGUGAUCCUAAUUAUCGGCGCCCUCGUCCUGGCUCUGUUUUUCGUAUGGGAGCUGCGUUUCGCCGUCAAACCCCUGAUUCCCUUCCACGCCCUCACGCUGGACGUGUCGUUCGUGCUCGGCUGCGUCGCCUGCGGAUGGGCCGCCUUCGGCAUCUGGACAUACUACACGUGGCUUUUCUUCGAGCGCAUCCGCGGCGCGACACCGCUGCUCGCGUCGGCGCAAUACGUUCCGCCGACGGUGUCCGGGCUUCUUGCGUCGGUCACGACGGGCUAUCUUAUGAGCCGUCUUCGGCCCAGCUGGAUCAUGCUGAUGGCGAUGAUCGCGUUUACCGUGGGGACGAUCUUUGUCGCCAUCGCGCCGGUCGGGCAGACGUAUUGGGCGCUGACCUUCGUCUCCAUGGUCGUCAUGCCCUGGGGUAUGGACAUGUCGUUUCCGGCGAGCACGGUGUUGCUGUCUAACGCCGUCGAGCGGAAGCACCAGGGCAUCGCUGCCAGUCUGGUUACCACUGUUGUCAACUAUAGCAUCUCGUUGGGACUGGGGUUUGCUGGCACUGUCGAGGUGCAUGUGAAUCACGGGGGACAUACGUUCCAUGAUGUCCUGUUGGGAUACCGCGGUAGCCUAUACAUGGGAAUUGGACUGGGGGGAUUGGGUAUUGCUGUCAGCUUGAUAUAUCUCGUCAAGAGCAUCUUGAAGGAUAGGAGGAUGGCGGAGGAGAAGCCGCAAGGUGCAUGA